GCCCGAGGCCCCGCCCCCUCGGGAGGGACUUAAAGCGCUGGCUCCUUCGGUGGCGGCGGGAUGUCCCUGCGCUGACCGCGGGGCCGCGCUCGCCAAGUGUAGACCCGCCUGGGCCGACCCCGCUCCACCAUGUAAACGGCGCCCGUAGGCGGACGCUGCCUUCCGCGCCCGGGACCCCUUCGCCCAGCCCCGGGGCCCGGGGCCGUCGAUGAGGACACGCCAUGCUGACCGGGGUGACCGAGGGGUUCCUCUGCUGCCUGCUGGGCUCGCCGCCCAACGCCGUGGGCCCACUGGAGAGCGUCGAGUCGGGCGACGGCUACACCUUCGUGGAGGUCAAGCCGGGCCGCGUGCUGCGGGUGAAGCACGCGGGCCCCGCGUCGGCGCCCUCGCCCCCGUCUCCCCCGGACACGGCGCAGGGCGGCCGGGCAGGCCUGGUGCGCUGCCAGCGCCGGAUCACCGUGUACCGCAACGGGCGGCUGCUGGUGGAGAACCUGGAGCACGGGCAGGGCGGCUGCGAGCCCCAGGCCUCGCUCGAGGUGGAGCUGGCCGAGCCCUCGGGGGCCGAGGGCCGCGCGCACGCGGGGGGAGGGGGGGGCGGGCGGCGGCGGCGCGCGCGGCGCCCCAAGAGGACCAUUCACAUUGACUGCGAGAGGCGCGUCACGAGCUGCAAGGGCGCACAGGCCGACGUGGUGCUGUUCUUCAUCCACGGCGUGGGUGGCUCGCUGGCCAUCUGGAAGGCGCAGCUGGACUUCUUCGUGCGCCUGGGCUACGAGGUGGUGGCGCCCGACCUGGCCGGCCAUGGGGCCAGCUCCGCGCCGCAGGUGGCGGCCGCCUACACCUUCUAUGCUCUGGCUGAGGACAUGCGGGCCAUCUUCAAACGCUACGCCAAGAAGCGCAACGUGCUCAUCGGGCACUCCUACGGCGUCUCCUUCUGCACCUUCCUGGCCCACGAGUACCCCGACCUGGUGCACAAAGUGAUCAUGAUCAACGGCGGCGGGCCCACGGCCCUGGAGCCCAGCAUCUGCUCCAUCUUCAACAUGCCCGCGUGCGUCCUGCACUGCCUGUCGCCCUGCCUGGCCUGGAGCUUCCUCAAGGCUGGCUUUGCGCGCCAAGGGGCCAAGGAGAAGCAGCUGCUGAAGGAGGGCAACGCGUUCAACGUGUCGUCCUUCGUGCUGCGGGCCAUGAUGAGCGGCCAGUACUGGCCCGAGGGUGACGAAGUCUACCACGCCGAGCUCACCGUACCCGUGCUGCUUGUCCACGGCAUGCACGACAAAUUUGUGCCGGUGGAGGAGGACCAGCGCAUGGCUGAGAUCCUGCUGCUGGCUUUCCUAAAGCUCAUCGACGAGGGCAGCCACAUGGUGAUGCUGGAGUGCCCCGAGACGGUGAACACGCUGCUGCACGAGUUCCUGCUCUGGGAGCCGGAGCCCUCACCCAGGGCUCUGCCGGAGCCCCAGCCCACACCCACAGAGGAGGAGUAGCUGGGCCUGGCACCGUGAGCUGAGCAGAGCCACAGCCAAUGGGGUCUGCGGGCGGGCACUGGGUGGGGGCGUCCAUGUCCGCGCCUCCAGUGGGUGUGGCCUGGUGGGAGACGCCCCCCAGGUCCGUGGGGCCGGGCAUGCGCCGGAGGACCCUGGUCGGCUGCCGGCCUGAGCCCGGCGUCCUCCAGGGCUGUAGCUGGACCCGCAGAGGACGACCUUGUACAGAAGCCCCGCCGUUCUGUCUUCCGUGCCACGUGUGCUUGUCCUGGGGCCCUCCUCCUCGGAAAGGGGUCCUGUUCUGUCGCCCGAGACCCACACCCCUCCCCACUCCGGCGCUAGAAGCUGUUGUUGCCCAUGGGGGGAGGGUCUGGGGCGGGGCCGACACCGCCGAACUUGCACCUCUCAACUGUAACUCAAUAAACAUAAGUGACAAUCGGAGCCUCCCGGCUUGUGCUGGGCAACCCCAGAGCUGGGCCUUCACCACACCCA